AUGCCAACCAGGAAUAAAAAAGCCAUGUUUGCCUCUGCCUUUCUGACCUGUGCCUGUUCCUUCGUGCUGAUCUGCCUGGUGCUGGGCACCCAGCAGUGGGUGAGCAGCUUCGUGGAGUUCUCCGGCGUCAACUCCGUCAGGGUGAAGCUCAGCUACGGGCUCUUCCAAGGGACCUGUGGGCAGCUGGUGGAUGCAGGGCUGGAGUUUUCCGAGCAGCCUUUCCAAGUUGCAGAAAACCUGAGCAGCCCCAGGACGAGGAACACCAACACAGCCAUCAUCGUGGUGCUGGUGCUCAGCUUGCUGAGCUCCCUCCUCAGCUCUGGGUUUACCUGCACCAAUGCUGUCAGCAACCCCUACCAGACAUUCCUGGGACCCAUCGGGGUCUACACCUGGAAUUCCUUGUGUGGGAUCCUGGUACUUGUAGCCAUGAUACUUUUCCCUGUGAACAUAGAAGCCCACAAGCUCUCUGUAGAACUGGCCCAGAGAUGUUCCUCUCUGCAGACACACGUGGGCUCCGAGCAUUCCUAUGGAUAUUCCUACUGGGUCAUGCUGCCCAUCAUCUUGCUGAACAUUGCUUCUAUUGUCAUCAUAUAUUUCUAUGACCACGCAAAAUAUUAUGAAAAGAAACAGCAGGAAAGACCCAUUGAAGUUGCACCAAAAGAUGUCAUCCUGUUUUAAGGAUACCACUGGGGAGAGGGUGGUGAAGGAGAAAGACUGAUGUGGGCAGUCACAGCUCCUCAUUUCCCCUCAGACUGAAGCUGUGCAUGUGGUUCAGUUAUCAAAGAAACCCACCGUGUCUUCAAAAGAAUUCCAUUUUAUCCUUGUGCUAAGUAUUCCUGCAAAACAUCCACGUUUCCCAUGGCAAAAGUGCUGCCUGAACACCUCCAAGGAGCUGCAGCCCAAAGUGCCAAGCCUGCAGGGAUGGACCUCAAGCACCUGAUGGUUCUGCUCUGCCCUGGAGGGACCACUAUGCAAACACACUCCUGGAAGGGUUCCUCCUCCUCUCCAGACCAUCACCAUCACCUCCUGCCCAGGCAGCACAGAGGAGUUGGUGCCCACUUCUUGAUUUAUGGAUUUUCUGGACCCCGGGGGCUGCCCCUGGCUCUCCUCAAGGCUGCACCAAGAGGGCCACCCAUG